CAUAUCCAUAUAGUGUGAUAAUCUCUUAACGCUUCUCUUAAAGCUGCUUCUUUUUUCUUUUUGUUCUUUACUUGAUAUUUUUGUUGUUCUAAGGAUCAAUCAAUUUCACAAUACUUUUUGUAUGAAGAAAAAAUGGAGAUAACAAUAUCCCAAUUGUGCUCUCGAGUUAAGUUUACAUCAUCACUGUUCUGUUUAAAUGGAAACAGUAAGAAGAGGAAUCUAACUGGAGCUGUUUCAGUGAAUUGCUUGAAAGAGAUCAAGCAGAUCAGUAAUGUUAGUUUCACUGCAAAGAAACCGAGAAGCCACACGCUGGUGGUGAGAACAACACGCGCUUCCUCGGAUGAGAAUCCAUCCCCAACUCCUGUUGCAGGAGGAGAACGGUGGCUUCUCCAACCAGUAGGGGAUGGAGACACAAGACACAUUGGUUUCAAAGUAGCAAUGCCUGCUCCUUUUGAGAUCUCCUCUGGCCAAGUUACCAUUGGUCGUCUACCGGAAAAAGCUGACGUUGUGAUUCCUGUGGCAACCGUGUCAGGAGUGCAUGCGACAAUCAAUACAAAUGAAGACAACCUUCUUGUGACAGAUAUGAACAGCACCAACGGUACAUUCAUAGAAGACAAACGUCUGAUUCCUGGUGUUGCUGCUCCUGCUUUUCCCGGAACCCGAAUCACCUUUGGUGACACAAAUCUUGCGAUUUUCCGUGUUUUCAAACUCCAAGAUAGUGAAGUAUCCACCGAGAAACCAACCUCAGAGUAAACACAAAACCUGAAAAUUGCUUCUUGUUUGGUUUGCAAUUCCUAAGUUGGUUUACAACAUUGUUGAUUUGUGGGUAUAUAUAAUAUGAACAAUAACUUUAUAUAUAAUAAUUGUGUACUUUUUUUAUAA